AUAAACUGUUUGGGAAGAGGCUCCUGCAGGCUGGCCGCUACCUGGUGUCCCACAAGGCAUGGAUGAAGACGGUUCCCACCGAGGACUGUGACGUGCUCAUGACCUUCCCAGACACCACUGAUGACCACACGCUUCUGUGGCUGCUGAAUCACAUCCGAGUGGGCAUCCCCGAGCUGAUCGUGCAAGUCCGCCACCACCGCCACACGCGUGCCUAUGCCUUCUUCGUCACAGCCACGUAUGAGAGCUUGCUCCGGGGGGCUGACGAGCUGGGUCUGCGCAAGGCAGUGAAGGCCGAGUUUGGCGGGGGCACCCGCAGUUUCUCCUGCGAAGAGGACUUCAUCUACGAGAACGUGGAGAGCGAGCUGCGCUUCUUUACAUCGCAGGAACGGCAGAGCAUCAUCCGCUUCUGGUUGCAGAACCUACGGGCCAAGCAGGGGGAGGCGCUGCACAACGUGCGCUUCUUGGAGGACCAGCCAAUCAUCCCCGAGCUGGCUGCCCGAGGCAUCAUUCAGCAGGUGUUUCCGGUCCACGAGCAGCGCAUUCUGAAUCGUCUCAUGAAGUCCUGGGUGCAGGCCGUAUGUGAAAACCAGCCUUUAGAUGACAUCUGUGACUACUUUGGGGUGAAGAUCGCCAUGUAUUUUGCCUGGCUGGGCUUCUACACGUCGGCAAUGGUUUACCCUGCCGUCUUUGGCUCUGUUCUGUAUACAUUCACUGAGGCCGAUCAGACAAGCCGGGAUGUUUCCUGUGUUGUUUUUGCUCUCUUCAAUGUGAUCUGGUCCACUCUGUUCUUGGAGGAGUGGAAACGGAGGGAGGCAGAGCUAGCCUACAAGUGGGGGACACUAGACUCACCUGGGGAAGCUGUGGAGGAGCCACGACCCCAAUUCAGGGGCGUCCGCCGCAUCAGCCCCAUCACUCGGGCUGAGGAGUUCUACUACCCGCCCUGGAAGCGAUUGCUCUUCCAGCUGCUCGUCAGCCUGCCUCUGUGUCUGGCCUGUCUUGUCUGUGUCUUCGUCCUGAUGCUCGGCUGCUUCCAGCUGCAGGAGCUGGUCCUGAGCGUGAAGGGUCUGCCCCGCCUGGUGCGCUUCCUGCCCAAGGUCAUGCUGGCCCUGCUGGUCAGCGUGAGCGCAGAGGGCUACAAGAAGUUAGCUGUGUGGCUCAACGACAUGGAGAAUUACCGGCUAGAGAGCGCCUACGAGAGGCACCUUAUCAUCAAAGUCGUCUUGUUCCAGUUUGUCAACUCGUACUUGAGUCUGUUCUACAUCGGCUUCUACCUCAAAGACAUGGACCGCUUGAAAGAGAUGCUGGCCACUCUGCUCAUCACCCGGCAGCUGCUGCAGAACCUGCGCGAGGUGCUGCAGCCUCACCUGUACCGCAGGCUGGGCCGCGGGGAGCUGGGUCUGCGCGCCGUCGGGGAAUUGGCCCGGGCCCUGCUGGGCCUGCUGAACCCCUUGCGCCCAGAUCCUCGACGGCAUCUGGAAGCCCAGGCUGAUGAGGGAGGAGCGGGGAGCCACAAGUGUCUGGGCGGAGGCUGCGGGGCUCCCGAGGAAGAGGAAGAGACGCCGAUGGAGCGGAGGCCGGCAGGGGAAGGCGGAGAGGUCCCAGAUGGGCCUCGGGGUGUCAAGGAGGAGGACGAGGAGGACGAGGAGGACGAGGAGGACGAGGAGGACUACGAAGAUGAGGGAGAGGAAGGUGGCCUCCUGGACUGUGGGCUGCGCCUUAAGAAGGUCAGCUUUGCGGAGCGGGGCGCAGGGCGGCGCAGGCCAGGCCCGGGCUCCGAUGGCCUCCUGGAGGAGGGGAGCCCCACCAUGGUGGAGAAAGGGCUGGAGCCAGGCGUGUUUACGCUGGCUGAGGAAGAUGAUGAGUCGGAGGGGCCUCCCGGUAGCCCCGGGCCAGAGCCCCCGACUAUCUUGCUCCGUCGUGCUGGUGGCGAGGGUCGCGACCAGGGUCCUGAUGGAGGUCGAGACCCGGAGACCGGCUCCAGUGACACUGCUGGGAGACAGAGGAGGCACAACAGGUCCUCCUGGAUCGACCCGCCAGAGGAGGAGCAUUCUCCGCAGCUCACGCAGGCAGAGUUGGAGAGCUGCAUGAAGAAGUAUGAGGACACGUUCCAGGACUACCAGGAGAUGUUCGUGCAGUUUGGCUACGUAGUGCUCUUCUCCUCUGCCUUUCCACUGGCUGCCCUGUGUGCCCUAGUCAACAACCUGAUUGAGAUCCGAAGUGAUGCCUUCAAGCUAUGCACCGGCCUACAGCGGCCCUUUGGACAGCGUGUGGAGAGCAUUGGCCAGUGGCAGAAGGUCAUGGAGGCGAUGGGCGUGCUGGCCAUCGUGGUGAACUGCUACCUCAUUGGCCAGUGUGGCCAGCUGCAGCGGCUCUUCCCCUGGCUCAGCCCAGAGGCAGCCAUCGUAUCUGUGGUGGUGCUAGAGCACUUGGCUCUGCUAGUCAAGUACCUCAUCCAUGCAGCCAUCCCCGACAUCCCGGGCUGGGUGGCCGAGGAGAUGGCCAAACUGGAGUACCAGCGACGGGAAGCCUUCAAG